AUGCUGGUACGCUUGCGUUGUAUCUACCAGGUCCACUAUUGCACCAACUACGCAGCCAAGAUGGAGCUGCCAAUCUCUGAGAUGGUGGCUGUGAUUGCUGCUGGCUUCAAGCGAUAUCAAGAGCGAUACGGCGACGAUGACAGCGAUGAUGUGCGAGAGCAGUGCUCCAAGCUCGUCCGGUCCAUUCACAACAUGAUCAAGUCGAAGACACAAUUCUCAGCUCCCCAAGUCGCAAUGAUCCUUCUCGGCCUGGGCAAGAAGGGAGAGAAGUAUGUGUCGCACGACUUUCAGCCUCUAGUUCUUUCUUCAUUCCUGGCGCACCUUGACCGCCACUUUGCUGGUGACACGCCCGCGGCUGAGCCGACACACACCGAGCAGGAGUCGUACACGAUCACCCUGCAACAAAAGGGAAGAGGGCUGAGAGAGAUCGUUCUGAGCAAUCAAGUGGAUGACUAUAUUCAUCGUCCCACCAGCAGAGAGCUGCAAGACGGCCGCCAGUUCCACGUAGCGCGUGUGGGAGAUGAGGUCGGAGACGCCAGUAAAGUGGCGCUGCCACCGAAGCUGACGGGUUUGACGGCUUUCACCGACGUCGAGAUGAAGGACGUUUAUCUCUACCAGUUCAUGGAGGCCUUCUUUGCAAUGCGCCUGACGAAAGCGGAGAUGGACAGCGAGGAAAAGAGGGAGAAAAUGAAAGAAAACGGGAAGCCGAUACCAGCCAAUCGGCUGGUACGCAUCCAGCGAUUUCGCUUCCUGCGUGCUCACCCUCUGUGGACCACGCAUCGGCUCCGCCAGCGGGCUGCCGACGACCUCCGAAUCCCUCUCGUCUUCUACGACCGCAUUCCGAGCAAGACGGCCGCGUCAGCAGAGGACAGAGAGAAGCACGCGAAGAUUAUGUUGGUCUUGUUCAAACCAUGGCGAUGCCCUGAGGACCUGAAGACACACGGCACAUGGUGCGAGUCGUGUGCAGCGUUUGUGUCGGGCUUACCGAGUGAUGAUAGGCGCCACAAGCUCAUGCAGAACUUCGAGGAUGUCCAUCGGUCAGAGGAAGACGCCAAAAUCUAUCGAUACCUGCGUGACAAGGAGAGCGAGCAUGCCACAUCACUCGCAGAAGAGACCCAGAAGUUCCUCAAUGACCAAUACGACCGCCUGUACGCCAAGAACAGGGAGACUGAAGAUGACGUGUUGCAGCUGCUGGGGCCCGCCUACCUGUCUGGCCUCACUGGCGGCAAGGAAACCUUCUCUCAUAUGGAGAUCCUGGCGUCAUCGCUCGCUCGACCGACGACAGAAGACAGCCCGCAGAUUGCCGCUCCUACGGCGCCCGUGUUGAAGGCGUGCUUCGCUAAGUAUAUCAAUGCAUCGCUGGAUGCAGUUGGGUGUGAACCUAUUGAUAUCGAAACAGCAACAGAGGUGAGAUGAUGAUAAGUAUGAGUGCAUUAUGCAUUGUAUCAAUCUAAACUGUCUGUCUCUCUGGUGCGUGCAUCUCUGUGUACCUUGCAUUGAAGGCGUUGUCGAAGACCUCUCUCGAUGACCGUCAUUCAGCAUGUCAAUCAAAUGGAAGCCGUCAGGAUCAGCUCAACGAUGACCUGCAGCAGCAACGGAACAAGCUUUGUGGAAUCGGCCACAGCCACGGCACGUCAGAUGAAGCAAGCCUCUUGAGUAGCUUCUCCUCAAAUCUCUUCACACACGGUGGUCACUCCAUGGAUGCUGCCGACCUCACUCGACUGCUGGCGCAGCCGGCGUCCGCAUUCAAGCCGCCUGAGACGGGCGACGACAAGAACCGUGAAGACCUCCUCUGUACAGUGGCGAGCCGUUACCAAUUGAACGAAGAGCAGAUGCGGGCGUUCCAAAUUAUCUGCAGCCACUUGCUGAACCACUACAAAGACCUGCGGGACAACAAAUACGUCACGCCAUUGCGCAUGUGCCUGACCGGCGAGGGCGGCACCGGCAAAACACACGUCAUCAAAGCUGUGAAGGCCUAUUUUGCUGAACUGCAAUGCCGACAUUGGCUGCGCCUGGCAGCACCUACCGGCGUGGCUGCAGAUAAUAUCGGAGGCUCGACCCUCGAUUCGCUCCUGCACAUCUUCGAUGACUUCGAGAGCGGCGACAGGAGGCUGCGGCGCCAAGCGGUGAAGCAGCAGACAAUCGAUGGUGACCGCAUUUGCAGAGAGGAGCCUUGGAAGCACAUCCAUUACAUGAUAGUCGACGAGAUCUCUUUCGUCAAUCGCCAGAAGCUCGACAAAGUCGAUGGGGCAUUGAGGGACCUGCGAAAGGCAGCGAAGAAGGACAUAAGGGAUGGCGAUGAUUCGUUUGGAGGCAUGAGCAUGAUCCUGUGUGGCGACUUUAUGCAGCUCCCACCUGUCCGGCCGUAUGCAUUGUAUGACAAGCGCGAUCGAGAGCAUCCUCGCAGUCUCUGGCACAGCUUCGAUUGCGUCAUUGUCCUUCAGCACAAUCACAGGAUCGAGGGGGAUCCGACCUUCUAUGGCCUUCUGCAGCGAUUGCGAUGCGGGCAGCUGACUGAUGACGACAUCAAGCUGAUUAAGAGCCGCGUGCUGAAGACCCCAAGCGAUGCUCGAGGGCCUCGCAUUGUGUGGCGCAAUGAGGUCAGGCAACGCAUCAACGCUCAGGAAGCCUUCAAGUUUGCCGCCGCGACAAACCAAGAUGUGUACGUGUCACCAGCCAUUGACACGUAUCGGCCGAAAGGGAAGAAAGAGCAGCCUGCCCCGGCGUACAUGCAGAAGAUGGUCCUGGAGAAGAACGAGAGUCACACAGGCAAUCUGCCGACAUCACUGCUUCUCGUAAAGGGGUGGUCUUACAUGCUCACGACGAAUAGAGCGACGGAGAGCGGCCUUGUAUGUCUAUCACCUGCACACCUACACACACACACUCACACACACACAGCACGCAAUGGUGCAUUCAUUUCCCUCUCUUGUCUGGACACGACAGGUGA